GAUUACGUACUAUAUAAAGGACCCUUACAUCCUCUUCACUUCAUCAAACACAGAUAUCAUAAUCUCUCUAUAAGCUCUCUACAUUUCCCUUUUCGUCUUCAGUUAAGCAUUUUGACCAAACACACCUAUUUGUCUCCUUUAUAAGACGCUUAUCAAAUAUCUUGUCACAAUAUAAUACUAAUGGCGAGUCUACAAAAGAUGAUCUCCGAGAAGUCAGUAGUGAUCUUUAGCAAGAACUCUUGCUGCAUGUCUCACACAAUAAAGACUCUGUUCUUAGACAUGGGCGUGAACCCGACGAUCUAUGAGCUCGACGAGAUUAACCGAGGAAAGGAGAUAGAGCAAGCGUUGGCUCAGCUCGGGUGCACCCCGACCGUGCCAGUGGUGUUCAUAGGAGGACAGCUCGUUGGUGGAGCCAACCAAGUCAUGAGUCUCCAUCUUAACUGCUCUCUUGUUCCAAUGCUUAAGCGCGCUGGAGCAUUAUGGCUUUGACUUUAAAAUAACUAGAACUGCAUAUUAAUUAUGUGAACAAAAUAAAUUAAGGAAACAUACAAAAGAAUGUAUGUAUAAGUAUUAAGUAAUGUGUUAAUGCUAUGUCUAUCUAUGUUUUGAAAAGAUAGAUUAUGCGGUUACCUAUUUUGUAAUUAACAGUGGUUUUAUUUAUAGUCAAAUCCGUUAC